AUGUACUUCUUCUCGUCCGUGACUCCAUCGAAGGAUGUCGAAAAGACCUCGAGCUUCAGCACAGUCACCUUUAAGAACAGAGCCGCGUGGCUUUUAUGGAAGAAUCAAGAGUUUUUGUCCCAGCUUCAAACACUGGUCAACUGCUUGGAUGCGUUGGACAGGGACAUCCUGCGCUUGGACAUGGUACAUCCACCCCUGAUCCUGGUGGGUGGAAACCUCGCUCCACCCGCUUAUGAUGACGGAGACUUGGAAGAAGACAAACACAAUGGUGGAGAUGUACAAAUGGCUCCCAGCAGAGGAGGGGAGAAACCGCCAUUUCCGUGCAGCCCGACAAAGAGACUACGCUCGUGUAACAACAGCACCAGCCAGAUCAACUUGAACAGUUUGGCCGAGUCUCAACGUACAGCCGAAGAAUCUGUGUCUUCGCUUCAUAAUGAUAACAGUGAUAAAAGCCACAGAUCAGAUAAUCGAUCACCGCCACGAGCAUUCAACGGACAAGAGAAUCUCAGUACACGGAAUAUGGGGGAAUACGCUGAUCAGUUUGACAAGGAUACUCUCGAGCUUAACCCCACUGGGCUGGGAUUAUCAUUUUUGCAGACUGGCUCGAACACAAGACAAGUGAGAUUCUUGCAGCUGAAUCAAGACCAUACCCUGUCUCCAGUGCAGCGGCUCCAGGAUGUGUACAUCUCAGAGUUCCCAGUAACACAUGAUACGACCCAGAGCGUCGACGCCUCGCACCCCAUGCCAUAUUCUUACUCUUCGAAUAAUCCCUGGCGGAAUAUUCAGGCCAACAGAUCUCCACCAAUUCCUGUUGAUCCACCCGAUGCUGAUCAUGGACAGGUCCCUGCAUUUCCUCCACCUCCAGAGAACGAUUGCGCCCGCUCAAGUACCAUAACCAGCUCAACCUUAAGCAACGAUGGAGAAGGUACCGCCAAGAACUUCCUCGACCACUGGCCUACGGCACCUGCCGCUCUGCUGGAUGGUAACGGUCUGACCGACGGCCUGUUGCCGGUCGAGCCUCAAGAGAAGAAGGUCAAAUGGCGGCGGAAAUCGGAUUUCAUUUGA